GCUAUCUAUUUAAACAAUCUAUAGUGUGACUAAUUUGUAUUCAUCGCUAAUGGCUUCAGAUCAUAUAUCAACUAUCUCUACCAUGGAGAGGCUAAGCUUGUGGAAUGCUACAGAUAACACAGGACUUGCUACACUGAAUGAACUACAGCAGGACAGCUUUCUUGAGCUGGCAGCUAUUGGGUCAAAUCGUGCAUUACCCAUUGAGGUGCCAUUGACUGAACCUGUCAACAUUACACCCAAUGUGUUGGAUUCCCAUGCUAUACCUGGUUCAGUUGAAGAUGUAUUAACAAAAGGUUUUACCAAGCUUGGUAUGGCUGGAGAAAAAAUAGAAAAUGCCCAGCAGUUUUAUAGUUGGUUCUCUCAAAUUGAGGAAGAGGUCCGCUCAGUGGAGAGAAAAAGAUUUACUGAGCAUGUUGAGACACUAAAACAGCACCGUGAAUAUUGCCAAUACAUUACUCAAGAUGUUAACAAAGCCCUUCAGUAUCUUGAUGAUCUUGAAAAAGAGUAUGUUUAUGUUUCGACCAAGAGCAACGCACUACAUGAGGCGUGUGAACAUUUGCUUGCUGACCAAACAGCUUUAUUUUCGGUCGCUGAAACCAUCCAUGAGAAUCUAGAUUACUUCAAUGAAGUAUCAAGAAUGAACACCAAACUAAGCUCACCCAAUAUUUCUGUGACCAGUGAAGAUUUCAGGAGCAUGCUGUCCAAAAUUGAAGAAUGCAUUGAGUUCAUGCAAGCACACCCUGCAUACAAAGACAGUGCUGAAUAUGUUAUCAAGUAUAAAACAUGCCUCACCAAAGCUCUUGGUAUGAUAAAGCUGUAUGUGGUGAAUUCACUAGAAAGCACAAAACAAGCAAUUCUAAAUCGAAAGAGUGGUGGUGAUGCAGGGCAGUCUGUUGGAAGUGAAGCAUUUGGAAGUGGCAAUGAUGCUUUCACCCUUUACUAUGGGAAAUUUCGUACAAAUGCUCCAAAAAUUAAAGCGUUAAUGGAGCAAAUUGAACAGCGCAGUGUGUGUAGUCAAGAAUAUCAGCAAAUAGUUGUUGAUAUUCACCAGUGUUACUUUACACAAAGAGAAACUCUUUUAUCUCCUUCAGUAACAAGUGCGAUGCUGGAACUGCUGAAUGCUAACAAGCAGGAUCACUGUGCUUUGGUUCGUAGUGGUUGUUCUUUUAUGGUUCAUGUUUGUGAGGAUGAGCAUCAACUUUAUGGUCAUUUCUUCUCUUCUCAAUCCAAGAAACUUUAUGAAAUGUUGCUUCGUCUGUGUGGCAACCUUUAUGAUAUGUUGAGGCCAUUGAUCAUUCAUGUUUACCAUCUGGAAACACUGGCGGAACUCUGCAAUAUUCUCAAGAUGGAAAUGAUUGAUGAUCAUGUUCAGAAUAAUCCAGAGCAACUACAAGCUUUUCAUUCUGUGGCUCUUCAGAUGCUUGAAGAUGUACAGGAAAGACUGGUGUUCCGAGCUAAUAUUCAUAUACGUGAUGAUAUCAGAGGAUACAAACCUUCACCUGGCGAUAUCAUGUACCCAGAGAAGUUAGAAAUGAUGGAGGAAAUAGCUAGGAACAUUAAAGCAUCUGCAAAGGUAGAAAAAGAUACAUUCACUGAAAUACAACUAACAGAAUCACCCCAAGAUUCGUUGUCCGAUGUAGAUGUUGCAAGCUCAAGCAAAUCAUCCAAUGGGAAACUUGAUGAAAAGUUUCACACCUCCCCAGCUGAUAUGCAUGGCAUGUGGUAUCCCACUGUUCGAAGAGUUCUGGUUUGUCUGUCCAAACUAUACCGGUGUAUUGAUAAAGCAAUAUUCCAAGGAUUAUCCCAAGAAGCCUUGGAAGCUUGUGUUAGAUCACUUGUGGAAGCAAGUAACAUGAUAAAAGCCAGAGCACCAUUAAAGCCAGGUAGUUCUGAAAACAGAACAACUGACGCUCAGCUCUUCUUGAUCAAGCAUCUUCUUAUUUUACGAGAACAAAUUGCUCCUUUUCAAGCUGAAUUCGCGAUCAGAGAAACUCAAUUAGAUUUUAGUCGUACAAAAGAUGCUGCCUUCCGUUUUGUGCUUGAACCAAAACUAAUCCCAAAUUUGCUGAGUGUCAGCUCAAAUGCUCUUUUGCAGUUUGUUUAUGAGGGAGCACCUGAGGUGAAAGAGUUUUACAUUGAUAGUAAGAAGGAUGUAGACCGACAAUUGAAAUCUGUGUGCGAAAACUUUAUUGAGCACCAAACAAUGUUGUACUGCCAGCCACUGAGCGAAUUUCUGCAAAAAGCAUCAAAACUUGUCAGUAUGAAUCAAGAAGACAGUAAUGUGUCCGUGUCUUUGCGUCAACAGGAUUUUGCAAGCGCUGAACAAGUGCAGCAGUUAGUAGGUGGUGUGUAUCGUAAUUUAAAACUGAUGGUGAAGAAGACUGCCUAUGUUAUGUCUUUGUACUUGGCAAACAAAGAAACUGAAAAAAUUCUAUUUAAACCAAUUAAACUGAACGUUCAGCAUGUGUUUCAACAACUUAAUAUGUUGUUAUUGGAAAAUUAUUCAGACGAGGACAAAGCUAUUAUUGCGGCACCAACCUCUGACCAGAUUGCAUUGUUAAUGAGCACAGCUUUUAAAUAAGCUUGAAUAUAUAAAAACUAUAUUAACAUUGGUGCAAUAUAUUCAUGCUUAUUGUUGCUUUUAUUUAGAAUGGUUUAUCAAAAAUGUAUUCCUAAAAUUUGAAAUCGGUAUUACUAUAAAAGAGUAGAAAAAUUGUACAAAAAUAAACAUAUUAGUGCUUGUACUUUUAUUUAAUGUUGUGCUUUAAUAUUAACAUGUGCGUUACUUUUAUAGGCUCAUAUAUUAUGUUAUGUAUAUAUUGGUUACUGUUUAAUAAGAUUUAUUUAGUACUUUAUUGUGAAGCCUUAUUCGAAUGCUACAUAUGUUUUAAUAUUUGGCAUUACCAGA